AUGGCUGGCAUCGACUUUCUUCUUUUCGAAGAAGCUGCGGGUUACGCUAUUUUCAAAGUCUUGAUCCAGCAAGAUGACAUUGCCAACAGGCAGAAGGAGGUUCAGGAGGCAGCGAACGACUUGGGCAAAUUCUCCAAGAUGGUAGAGCUCAUCUCUUUCGCUCCAUUCAAGGGCGCUGCUCAGGCCUUGGAAAACGCAAACGAUAUCUCUGAGGGGUUGGUGUCCGACUACUUGAAAUCAGUUUUGGAGUUGAACUUGCCAAAACCCAAGAAGGGUAAAAUCUCUUUGGGUGUCUCUGACAAAAACUUGGGUCCUUCCAUCAAGGAGGCUUUCCCUUAUAUCGACUGUUUGUCCAAUGAGAUUGUUCAGGACUUCUUGAGAGGAAUUCGUGUUCAUGGCUACAAAAUUUUGAAGGAAUUGCAAGAUGGUGAUAUUGAGAGAGCUCAAUUGGGUUUGGGCCAUGCUUUCUCCAGGGCCAAGGUGAAGUUCUCAGUGCAAAAGAAUGACAAUCAUAUUAUCCAGGCUAUUGCUCUUUUAGAUCAAUUAGAUAAGGAUAUCAAUACCUUCUCCAUGAGAGUGAAGGAAUGGUACGGCUGGCACUUUCCUGAGUUGGCUAAGAUUGUACCAGACAAUUAUACAUAUGCCAAGCUCGCCUUGUUCAUGAAAGAUAAGGCCUCCUUGACCGACGAGUCCCUUCAUGACGUUGCGGCCUUGGUAAAUGACGACUCCGGCAUUGCCCAAAGAAUCAUCGACAAUGCCAGAAUCUCUAUGGGUCAGGACAUCUCCGAACUAGAUAUGCUCAACGUUUCUACUUUUGCGGAAAGAGUAGUUUCCAUCUCCGAAUACCGAGCCAGAUUAUACGAAUACUUGACUUCAAAGAUGCAUACCGUCGCUCCUAACUUGUCCACAUUAAUCGGUGAGGUGGUUGGUGCUCGUUUGAUCUCUCACGCUGGUUCUUUAACUAACCUUUCCAAGCAAGCUGCUUCGACUGUUCAGAUAUUGGGCGCUGAGAAGGCGCUUUUCAGAGCUUUGAAGACUAAGGGUAACACGCCCAAGUACGGUUUGAUUUACCACUCUUCCUUCAUCGGUAAGGCUGCUGCCAAGAAUAAGGGUAGAAUCUCUAGAUACUUGGCCAACAAGUGUUCGAUUGCCUCCAGAAUCGACAACUACUCCGAUGAGCCAUCUACAGCUUUCGGUCAGGUCUUGAAGAGACAAGUCGAGGAGAGAUUGAAGUUCUACGAGACUGGUGCUGCUCCUAUGAAGAACGCCGACGCCAUCAAGGAGGCUCUUGCAUUGGGCAUUGACUUGGGCGGUGACAUGGAUGUUGAUAUCGCCUCCGAUGAUGAGGCCGCUAAGAAAUCUAGCAAAGCCGAGAAGAAGGAAAAGAAGGAGAAGAAGGAAAAGAAGGAAAAGAAAGAAAAGAAGGACAAAAAGGAGAAGAAAGAUAAGAAGCGUAAAGCUGAAGAUGAUGAGGAUUCUUCCAAAAAGAAGAAGAAGAAGAAGUCUAAAGACUAA